AUGAACAGGAGCGUGGGGGACCUGGGUGUUGGCGGCUGCAGCCCCUGGGACGACCCUGCUCGCUUCAUUGUGGUGCCCGCGGCCUACGCCUUGGCGCUGGGCCUGGGGCUGCCGGCCAACGUGGCGGCCCUGGCGGUGUUCGUCCGCAGCGGCAGGCGCCUGGGCCAGGCCCUGCGUCUCUACCUGCUCAACCUGGCCCUGGCCGACGUGCUCUUCACGCUCACGCUGCCGCUGUGGCUCACCUACUACCUGGGCCCGGCCCACUGGCCCUUCCCGGAGGCCGUCUGCCGCGCAGCCGGGGCCGCCUACUAUGUGUCCACCUACGCGGCCGUGGCCUUCGCGGCGCUCAUCAGCGUGUGCCGCUGCAGCUCCGUGCAGCGGCCCGGGCCCAAGGCGGCCGCCCGCCCGGCCUUGCGCCGCCGCGGCCCCGCCCGCGCCGCGUGCGCCGCCGCCUGGCUGGCAGGCCUGGCCUGCGCCGCACCCUCGCUGGCCGCCCCGCACGCGCUGCGCCCCGGGCCGGGCGGCGCCUCUCGCUGCCUGGAGCGCGGCUGGGCGCGCGCCGGCCUGGCCUACACCACCGUGGCCUUCUUCACCGCCGCCUUCCUGCUGGUGCUCGCGGCCUACGUGAGCCUGGCGCGGGCGCUCGCCUCGCCCUCGGGCCCGGGCCCAGCCCCCGCCGGUCCGCACCGGCGCGCGGCCAGGACCAUGGUGUUGGGGCUCCUGCUGGUCUUCGCCCUCUGCCUGGCACCCUACCAUCUGCUGCUGGCGCCCUGGGUAACCGGGCAGGAGGUCGCCGCGAGCCGCGAAGGCGGCGGAUGCCGGGCCACCUCCACGCUCGACGUCCUGCACACCCUCAGCCUGGCGUUGCUGAGUCUCAACAGCUGCCUGGACCCUCUCAUCUACUGCUUCUCGGUGCGCCGCUUCCGCCAGGACUGCUGGGCGCUGAGCUGCCGUCUGGGGGUGGGGGCAUCUGGGGUGCACUCGGCCUCCUUGGCCUCUUCCUAG